AUGGCUGAGGUGCAGCAGCGGGAUCACCGAGCAGAAGAGGGCAAUAGCACAGAGAUUCCUGCCAUCGAGCCAGCUUGUCUGUGUGCUGGUGACGUAACAGGGGUCCAGAAAAACUCUUGCCAACUUGUUGUCAUGUUAAGAGAGCUGGAGGCCAAACUGAAAAACACUGAGAAACACUUAGAGGAUCUGAGGGGAGAGGUCCAAGCCUCUCAAGGUAAGCGGGUGGCGUUUGGAGCAUCUAUCGGCAAUGUUGGAAAUGUUGGACCUUUUAAUGUUGAGAUCACACUGACCUACAAGAAUGUGUUCACAAACACAGGCUCAUACAACCCUGCAACAGGUAUUUUCACUGCUCCAGUCAGAGGAAUCUAUUACUUCAGCUUCUCUGGACAAAAUAUAUCAACUAGAACAAUGGGGCUGCAACUGAUGAAGAAUGGAGUACACAUGGUGUCUGUGUGGAACCAUGUGGCUGGACACCGCCAUGAGACAGUAACCAAUGGCAUGACUCUACAGCUUGAAGUGGGAGACCAGGUGUACAUGAGACUCUGGGGAAACACCUGGAUUUUUGACAAUUAUAAUAACCACAGCACCUUCAUUGGUCAUUUGUUGUUCCCUCUGUGAAAGAUAUAAAGUUCAAAGUAGGCCUUAAGGAGAGGUCAGCCACAUGACUCAGACCAUGGCUGUGUUAAUACAGGUGGUGGUAAUGUUACAAUAUGAAAUGGAGAGACAAAUCAAAUAAUCAAUAACAUGGGAUGGAUAAUAUUGAGGGGGACAGUUACUCAUUUUUGUGUGUGUUUAAAGCUUCAUUGAUCAGUUUUAGGUCUCUAAUAGGCAGCAGCCACUCUGUCAUCUUCUCUGUUAGCUGUUUGCUGCCGGGCAGAUAGUGUGGAGUGGGUUUAUCUUUAUUGCUGGAAGUGUUAAUGAUCGUUGCUCAGAAAACUUUAAAUAAUGUAACAAUGACAAAAUAAUGCAUGUUA